AUGGACAUAAGAUCACAGAGUCAGGAUCAAGAAGAAAUAUUUCGAGGUCUAGAAAGUGAGGGACAGAAAAGAGCAAGGAGGGAUUAUAUGACAUGGACUGAAGCAGAGGCUAACGAAUUGCUUAGACUCUUAGUAGAGGAAGUUAAGAAUGGAAAUAAGCAAGCAAAUGGCAGUUUUAAAAAGUAUGUGAUUCUGAAGAAUGUGAUACCCCCUCUAGUUGAAAAUUUUGGAAAAGAUUUUAGAUAUAAUCAUGUAAUGAAUAAGAUAAAGCAAUGGAAGAGAAAGAUUGCACCUGUGGAGAUCCUGAUGAAAAAUAACUCUGGUUUUGGUUGGGACCCUAGCACACAGAAAUUUACAUGUCCCGACGAAGUGUGGAAUGACAUUUUAGAGGCACGUCCAAAUACUCCAAAUCUCAAGAAUAAACUUUUCGAGAAUUUUAAUGAUAUACUGAUGGUAUGCGGAGAUCAUGGUGCUUCUGGCAGAGGAGCUAUAGGUUUAGGUCCUGAUGGCUUGGAUGCAGCACGCUUAGAGGAAGUGGUUGGGGAGGGCAUGCUUGGUGCUGAUGCUGAGAUGGAAUCUCCGGAUGGAGGAGAUGCUACUGUAGAUAUGCAACAUGUUACUACCCUUCCCAGUGAUAAUGUGCCAUUUUCUGGUUCUGGACCACCCACUAUGAAUAAUGGUAAACCAAAGCGUAGGUCAAUUGGUACUGCAGCCACAUCCUCUGCAUCUUCUCAGUUAUCGUUGCAAGAGGUAGGAGAGGGAGUUGUCACUGUAGGUAAAGCUUUUCAUGAGUUAGUUGAUGAGUUGAGGAAGAUAAGAAAAGGUCGGAAUAAAGAAUGGGUUGAUGCUGUUAUGUCUACUUCUGAAUUGACUAAGCCACAAAAAUGGAAUAUACUCAGUGACAAUAUCUCACAGGACAUGAAGGAUGCCUUUAUUGACAUGGAUGCAAAAGACCGCUAUGAGUUUCUACAUUUUAGGUUGACCGGUGUGAUAAUGAAUGAUGGUAAGGAUGAGACUCAAGCCAAUUCUGAUCCAAAUGGUGAAGAUUAUGAUUCUGAUUUCUUUGGAGAUGUUUAG